GUCACCGAGGCACCCUGCUUACCAGUUACCACCACCGAGCGACCGCAGGCAGGAGCUCACGGCUCACCGCGACGACGCACCAGCAGGCAGGAGCUCAAACCGGUCGGACUCCACAGCGACGCACCCAAAAAAAGGGGUAAGCAACAGAGGAGGCGAAUUGAGGAGGAGGCCCAAAAACGUUCGGGGGCCGACGGCCGAGCGGGAUUUGGAAGCAGCGCGCAUCCCAAAUCCCCCAAUCCCGACCCCGACCCCGACCCCGUCGCCAGAUCUCGCGCCCCCUCUCCGGGGCCCGGUCGAAUCGGCGCCUGGGGCGACCGGCGAUUCGGGGAGAUCUCGCUGAGAUUCGGGCCGGGUUGGGCUGGUGGGAGUCGGGGAGCCAUGGCGUCGGCGCAGGCGUCCUCUUCCUCCGCCGCCGCCGCGCCGUCGCGCAAGGAGCAUCUCGAGGCUGGGAAGAAGCGGCUCGAGCAGUUCCGCAAGAAGAAGGCAGCAAAGAAGUCCACUGCCAUUGCAGAGCAGGCAAAACCAGCUGUUCCUGAUGUAGCGGAGAAUACCCCUCCAAUUGCCAAUACUGCUAGCUCGGGAGAUGGGCUGGCGCCUGAUGUUGAGCCGAACACAGCAAGCACGUCAUCUGUGCCAUCUGCUGUAUAUGAGAAUGGCCCAACGAGUUCUUCCAGAGGUGCAGAUUUCCUGUCAAAUGGUCCUGCCAUUGUAAAUGCUUCAGUUGGGCUUAGUAAUGUUAGUCCCCAGCAAGACGCUGUUAGUGACGGAGGAAGUAAGUUCUAUGGGAACUUGAGCUUCUCCGACCUUGUUAAUGGUCAUCAUGAGAAUUGGAGAGGCGACACUGCCCUUAAAAGGGUUGAGCACAGUCCUGACAAGGAUGUGCAAUCAACAUCUAAAUUAAGUGCCUUUGGGAACACCAACAGUUUAGGUUCACCUUAUUCUGCAAACACCAUGCUGAGUUGGGGAAGAAAUUCUUUAUUGAGCCAAGCACAUGACACCGAACAAACUAGUUUAUACUCAUCCAGCACCCUUUUUGGAAAGUCUGAAAGCACUUACACUCAGGAUUACUCCACAAACAAUGAUAUCUUUGAUCAGUUGCGAGCUACCUCCAAAGACUCUUCCCAAGUGGAGCAAUCUGCGUAUGCCAGCAGCCGGGAGUAUGGCAGUACCUUCAAUAGUUCUAGGAUUGCUGAUACUGUAGAUCAUGAUACAAAUGUUGGAAUAACUCGGAAUGCAGCAGACUCCACACCAGUUAAUUUUGAUAAACAUGAUCCUUUUCUGUCAUCUGGUUAUCCAACUACAUACACUCGAUCCAGGCCAUCUUUUCUUGAUUCUAUUGGAGUACAACGAGCCCCUCCAACAGCUCAAGCAUCAUACGGGGAACCUGCCAAGGCUAAUCAACUAUUCAACAAUUCAAAUUAUCAGAGUUCAUUUUUGCAGCAAUCAAAUCAAGAAUCCACUGCAAGCAAUGUUGUGGGUAUUCCUCUUACAUCAGGAAGUCAGGAAUAUAAUCAUGAGAAGGUGUUAUAUGGCAACUCCAUCCCUCCUGAUUUCUCACUUUCUAAAGAAGAAAGAAGUCUGCUGCAUGGUAAUCAAACAUUCCAAAACUUCACAACUCAUGGGAAAGAUGAUGAUUUUACAGCACUAGAACAGCUCAUUGAAGAUUUGACAAAAGAGAAGUUCUCCUUACAACGUACUCUUGAGAAAUCUCAAGAAUUAGCGCAAACUUUGGCCACAGAUAACUCAGCAUUAACUGAUAAGUUCAACCAACAGGCACAAGUUAUCAGCCAGUUGACAUCUGACAUGGAGAGAUUACAAGAAGAAAUUCAAGCUCAACUGCUGGCGCUUGAGUCUGUCAAGACUGAAUAUGCUAAUGCACAGCUAGAAUGCAGUGCUGCAGAUGAGAGGGCGAAAGUACUUGCAGCUGAAGUCAUUCUAUUAGAAGAUAAGGCUCUGAAACUGAGGUCAAAUGAGUUAAAACUUGAAAAGGAAGUUGAAGGUUUACAUUCUGAGAUUUCUUCAUUCAGGCGCAGAGUUUCUGGUCUAGAGAAGGAGCGCCAGCAUCUUCAAUCUACUGUUGAAGCUCUGCAAGAAGAAAAGAAGCUCCUACACUCUAAAUUGAGGAACAUUCCUGUGAAUGAGAAGGUAAACAUUAUAGAGAAACCUUCAGCUGAUAAAAGAGAUGCAUCAACUGCAACAGAGGAUUUAGAUACUGGGGAAAUCAGCUCUUCUGAAACCCUGACCAGCACUGUCGACACACUGGAAGAUGCUGGAACAUCUGUUUUGCGGACCAAUAAUAUGUCUGAUGUUCCUUCCUUUGAAGAGGUUUCAUCUAGCAUUCCAGAUGAUCAGCUUAGAAUGAUUGACAACAUCAAUUCCUUGAUGUCAGAGUUAGCAGUGGAGAGGGAAGAGCUGCUGCGAGCACUGAGAAUUGAGUCAUCUAAUUGCUCCAAGCUGAAGGAGUUCAAUAAGGACCUAACACAAAAGCUGGAGAUUCAGACGCAGAGGCUUGAGCUAUUGACUUCUCAAAGGAUGGCUAAUGAGAAUGUCCUAGCAAAACCAAUCGACACACGCUCCAUCAAUGAUGCAACAAUGUAUGCUGAUGAAGGAGAUGAGGUUGUCGAACGGGUGAUUGGCUGGAUAAUGAAGCUCUUCCCAGGAGGGCCAAAGCGGCGUACCAGCAAACUUCUGUAAUGGAAAUAGAGAUCAUAGUAUACAUGAUGUUUUUCAUUUAAGGCCUGUUUAGAAGGGAUUGCUCGAGGAGCUUUAGUAUUUAGUUCAAAUGUGAACUAAGUCCUAAGGAUUUGGAUCCAGGUCCCCUCAAUCCAAAUAGGCCUUUUAUAAUUUUUUUUGUUUGCCUGGUUUUAGUGAUAGCAUGGUGAGAAGUUGUAUAUUGGAGCCAUUUGAUGUAACCAUUCUUUCUCUACAGAAAAUGAAAUGUAAGGUGACUUCCGUGCAGUAUGGAGCUGCAACCUUGUAUUGGCAAUGAAAAGAAUAGCCGCAAAGAAUAAAUCCUUUUCUACCCCAUUAUAUAUUUUACAUCAUUAUGUGUGAGGGUGGA